GUGUGUGUGCAUAUACGUGUGUGUGUCUGUGUAUACGUGUGUAUGUGGCAGUAUGGAGCCCGCCUGAGGGAGGCAGAGCUCCCCCGCCCACCCCCCUGUCACGCGCCCCUAACGGCUCACCCCGCCGCGCGCCCCUCUCCUCCCUUCCCGUUGCCGCCGCCCGCGCUCCCGCGGGUCACGUGCCGCCUCAGAGCUGCUGCGCGCGCGCGUCCGUUGGCUAUCCUGAGGCGAAAGAGGGGAGGAGGAGGAGGAGGAGUGUGGGAUGUGAGCGCUCCGGUGGGUGCGGGCAGCGAGGAAGCGGCUGUGAGGUGUGAGGAGCCCCCCAAGCAACCUGGGGGUUACAGACGGGCGCGUUCGCCUUUAACUUUUCCUCAGGAAACGCCGCUGCUCUUUGUGACUGGAGCGGGGGAGGCGUAAGCCAAACCGGGAACGGUUUCGAGCCCUCCCGGAGCUUGUUCCUGCAUCGACUGCUGUAUUUUAAACUUUUAUGUGACUCUUCCUGAUUGAAUGUUGUGCACAAGAAGCUUCACAAUCCUUACUUCAGUCAGGAAUUGUAAAAGCUACUUGUGUAAUUCUCCCUGCAUUGAACGUUUUCGCAGUGUAGUUGGUGCAAAAAUGGAGUUUGAGAUGUGUGACAAGCUUCUCAUUUAUGUAGUGCAUGAAGAUGGAGUUUGCAAUUAAACACACGUGGGAUGGUUUACCUGUGAGCCAUGAGCCAGUAAGGAUUGUGCUGAAGCCAGACAAUUCAGGACUGAUAAUGGAAGUUAGUGCUCCCUUUUUUAAUGACCCUCCAGCACCACUUGGGGAGCCAGGGAAACCUUUUAAUAGACUGUGGGACUAUGAAGUUGUAGAAGCAUUUUUCCUGAGGGACAGAACAGAACAGUAUUUAGAAGUUGAGCUUUGUCCCCAUGGACAACACUUGCUGCUGCUGCUUUCUAGUAAAAGAAAAGUAUGGAAAGAUGAACUUCCGUUAGACUUUGAGGUGACCAGAAUGAACACCAAAUGGGAGGGUAAAGCUCAUCUUCCUUGGAAUUAUUUUCCACCAUCCACUAACAAGUUCAAUGCAUUUGCAAUUCAUGGCUCAGGAGAAGAGAGAAAAUAUGAAGCUCUUCAUCCUGUACCACCACAAGAAGGACAGCAACCAGAUUUUCAUCGUCUGGAAUAUUUCAAAUAUUUGAACCUGAAAGGACUGAUGGGAGAAGACUGGAAGCAGCCUGAAUCAGAUUUAUGGAAGUCUCUCACUCAGUAAAUGGAUUGGGACAUAAAAUCUUAUAGCAUUAAGGUUGGAUGAAGCUAUAUGGAAAGGACUUAAUUCUGAGCAGAGUUUGUAAAUACCAAAUCUCCUUCUACCAAUGAAGUGAAAAAAUGUGCUAAAAUUACAGCUAUGUUUUAAUGAGACCUCUAAGCCUGAUGUUAUCUGGUUUGGAAUAUUUCCAUUUCUUGGAGAUGGUGCGUUUCUGCUGUAUUUUUACUGCUGCUUUGUUAUUUCUUGGCUGUCAAAUGAGAUAUCUGAAUACCUUAUAUACCUAAAUUUGUAGAUUGCAAUCAAGAGAAUCUUCUUGGGAACAGAGAAGAACAUAAAUAUCAAGGCCUUUUGUGACCCAGCACUGUGGUGCAAGAUGUUUUUGAGGUGUAAUACUCCCCUUUCCUUUAUCUUUCUAUAACUGAAUUUUUCCUUUGCACAGUGCUGAAGGGGGACACUUCAUCUGUAUUAGUUCAUUAACAGACCUCUCUGCUUCAAACUCAGUUUGGAAUCCUGCCUCUUUGAACAUCUCAGUGCAAUUAAUAACUGGAAUGUGGCUUCAGAGUGUUGUUUGGCUUUAGCUUUCUUCUUUGUACUUGGUUUUAUACAGUUACACUUGCCAAUUUAAAGAUAUUAGGCUUCUUCAGAUGCAGACACUGGCAUGUCAGUGCACUCAGCCAUCCAAUUGGUUUUAUUCUCCUAAUUUAGUGUUAUAGAUUCCUUGCAAUAAAGUGCCACAUGUUGAAAA